AACGGGAUAAAAAGAAGCGGAAAGAGGAAAACAAAACCAAAACGCCCGUCCAAGAGAAACCCCAAGAAGCCAAAACUGAGGCUAAAACCGAGGAGGUGGCAGAGAAGAAGCGGGAGAAACCCAAAUCCCUGCGGACCACCGCUCCCAGCCAUGCCAAAUUCCGUUCCACCGGGCUGGAAACGGAGACGCCUUCGUUAGCGCCCGUGAAGAAAAUGAACUCGUCUUCGACCGCUGAUAAAUACAACCUGAAACCAAUGCCCAUAAAGAGGCAAAACAUUUCCUCCCUUCCCGGUGAUGUUCCUCCUGCCGAGAAGAAAUACAAACCCCUGAACACGGCACCCAACGCCACAAAGGAGAUCAAAGUCAAGAUCAUCCCGCCUCAACGUGAGUUUGGGGACGGGGACAUUUUGGGGUCCCUGUACUCCGCUCCCAUCCCCGGAAUUAAGAUUAAGAAGAAGAAAAAGGUUUUGUCCCCUACGGCGACCAAGCCCAGUCCCUUUGAGGGAAAACCAGCUCCCGAAACCAGUUCCGCCAAACCUUCCUCCCCGGAGCCCACUGCGGCGUCGGAGCCGAUGGAGACGGAUCGACCCGGUACGCCGGUACCGGCCGUGGAAGUGCCGGAACCGAUGGAGACGUGCUCGUCGGAGACGAGCGGUGACGCCAAAGCCACCGAAAGCCAGUCGGAAAGUGGCCAGCUCACCAAAAAAGGUCGGAAAAAGAAAACAGUGAGUUGGCCGGAGGAGAGCAAACUCCGCGAAUACUUCUACUUCGAAUUGGAUGAGACCGAACGAGUCAACGUCAACAAGAUCAAGGAUUUUGAGGAGGCGGCCAAGCGGGAGAUGCUGAAGGAUCGUCACGCCUUCGAGACGGCCCGGCGCCUCAGCCACGAUGCCAUGGAGGAGAAAGUGCCCUGGAUUUAUCCCAAACUCCUCGAUCUCCCCGCUCCCCUCGUCGUCCCGGGCAGUGGAAGCCGGGAACGUUUUACUCAGGCCGAGAGGGAGAAAGGGAUCUUGCAGGAAAUCUUUUUGUCCAAGGAGAG